AUGGGAGACUGGACUUUCCUUGGAAGACUGCUGGACAAAGUUCAGUUGCACUCUACAGUGGUUGGGAAAAUCUGGCUCACUGUGUUAUUUAUCUUCAGGAUCCUUCUGCUUGGGGCUGCCGCUGAGAGAGUUUGGGGAGAUGAACAGUCUGACUUCAUAUGCAACACACGCCAACCUGGUUGUGAAAAUGUCUGCUAUGACAAAGCCUUCCCCAUUUCCCACAUUCGCUUUUGGGUUCUUCAGAUCAUAUUCGUUUCAACGCCGACCUUGUUAUAUCUUGGACAUGUGUUACAUGUUAUCCACUUAGAGAGAAAAACACGCAAAUUAGCUGACGAAUCUGCAGGCGUCUUCAGAAAAGUUAAGACAUCAAAGUACAUUAUAAAUCAAGGAAAGGUAAAAAUACAGGGAAUCCUACUGUUCACCUACAUAGUACAUGUUUUGUGCAAAAUAUUGUUUGAAGUUGGUUUCAUUGUCGGUCAGUGGUAUCUCUAUGGAUUCUCCUUGGGUCCCGUAUACGUGUGCAAUAGAGAUCCCUGUCCUCAUGUGGUAGAUUGUUUCAUUUCACGCCCAACAGAGAAGACCAUUUUCAUCCUUUUCAUGCUGGCUGUGGCUUGUCUGUCCCUGCUUCUAAAUAUAACUGAAAUAGUUUACCUUCUUUUCAAGCAAAUAACCAUUUCAACACAAAAGAGGCAUCUAAGACACCUCCCUCCCCGAUUUGUUGUUGAAUCUUUUGAUAAAACAAUGUUCCCUGCAGACGUAGCUGUAUCAGAUUCUAAACUGAAGUCUUUUGGUUCUGAAGCUAGCAGUAGCCAGGAUCCCAAGUCUCAAAACACCAUUAAUUAUGGGAUUGAAAAGUGUGGUAAUGAAAAUAAAGAGAAUAUAGAGAAACAAAGUGAGCAAUAA